AUGUUGGAGGAGGAUGCCUGCGUACAGAAAAACUGGCAUGCGGUGCGAGAGUGGCUGCAUUCGCAGAUCAGCAAGGAGCCACCGCACUGGGACGUGCGGCGCGGCCUAAUGGGUAUGUCAGAUCUGCUGCAAAGAGCUCCCAGUGCGAGCCAUGAUUGGCAAAUAUUGGAAGAGUCUGCGUGCCCCAUGGGGGAGAUCGCUCUCCUCUUUGCUGACUUCCUGUUGUCGGGCGACAGAUCCCUUCUUGAGCUGGGCCUCAUCAUGAUGCGGAGGUUGUCGGUCUCCCGAGUGCUGAUCUCUACAUGGCCUUUGUUCGGCUUGCUUCUCCAAGCCCGGGAGGCGCUGUCUGCACUCGGGGACGCCUUUGCCGAAGUCUGCGAGGAGGCCGCUCCUGUGGCGGCAGAGAUGGAGCGCCUGGGACCUGGCCUAGGCAACAGCAGCCUGCUGCGGUCCUUCCGCCGGAAGAUCGAGGGCCGCGGCCAGCUGGGCAGCUGCUACCGGGACAAGCGGGCCCGGGCAGCUGCUCACCUUCUCGCUGCCCUGGCGUCGCACAGCAGCUUUCACGAUCCCAGAUCGCUCGAAUCGCUGGACCUCUCCAGCUUCGCGGAGGAGAUGGGCACGCAGUGGCCCUGGUUGCUUUUUCGAAACCACUGGCCAACACUCUCCUUGCUUCACCAACUGCAAGUGGCCUGGCGAGAAGCGGCUUGCUCGCAAGCUUGGCCGGAUUCAUAUGGACAGCUGACGGUGGCAGCACCGGUAAGCACCUGGAUGUGCACUGUACCGUGGCCAGAGAGAGAACGCAACCGAUGGCUUUAUGCUGGCCACUAUAUCGACUGCACGAGCAUUGUUCGGUCCGUGCUCGACAGCUAUUCCCCUUGCCUUGUCCUCGAUGUGGGUGCCAACAUGGGCUGCAUUGGGCUGAGUCUCGCCAAGGAGCAUUUUCAAGUUAUUGCUGUGGAGCCAGGGCCAAAGAUGUCCCAUCUUUUGCGAGGAGCUGCUGCCAAAAAUGGCUUCUCUCUGGGCCAGCUGACAGUUGUGGAGGCUGCUGCAGGAUCCACUACAGGGUCGACGGUGUUAUAUUGCGGGAACAGCAGUGGCAUGUGUACCUCUGCAGUCACCUCUGAGUAUCUGGAGGGCCGAGAUACGCAACACACCGUCCAGCAAGUAACCUUGAGCAGUGUCGUAGGGCAGCGCAGCAAAGAGGUUUGUGUCAUCAAGCUCGAUGUUGAGGGCAGUGAAGAGGAUGUGCUACAUGGCGCGGAUCUUGUACUGCGAGACGGCACACCUGCCAUAUACAUUGACAUCCACGAAGACAUGCUGCGGAAGCAAGGCAAGAAUGUGGCUGGAGUAUGGGAUGUGUUAAGCAGGCAUGGGUACCGGCAGUUGGUAGAUUACUCUCAGCUGGACUGCCUCUAUGUCGGCCAGCAACGCUGGAAGGAUUUCAUGUGGCAAAAAGGGUUGGACCUGAAGCACUUGCUCACGUUGGAAGCUCCAUUUCACAGCAGCCCCUGCUUUUGUCAUUCCGCCUGUGCCGAGCGAAUGUUCUUGGGUUGUCGCUGUUGGGAUUUCGGCCACGGAUCAGAGUCGGCGGACACAGACGGCUCUUCGGAAAGGAGGCCACAGUGCAAUUUGUACUUACGGUGUCCGACUGGAUGGUCGCAAGCGCAGGACAGAGCGAACGGCCUCGUGCCAUCUGUGGGCUGGUUUGCGAACGACUUGUUUGGGCGGUGGAUUGUGACGAAGUGA